UAAUGGAUUUGCCUCAACUUUCAGUAAAAAUAUGUAUAUUAAGUGAGUUCUGUCCCAGUUCUUACUAAAUGGGUAAAAGGAUUUUCAUUUAUUUUCUGGUAAGUAACCAUUAAUUGGCCCUUUUAAGACUCCAUUAUGAUUUACCUGCAAAAUUCAAAUUCAAAAACAAAAUACUGAUGUUUUAGUAAUUGACCAAAUCAAUUUAUUAGUGUUUUAGUAAUCAACCAUCAUUAGUAUAUAUAAUCCUAAAACUUUGUAGCUUUUGAUUUGAAAGUAUUUUAAGUCAUUUUUAUUUAGAUGAUAAUAAAAGCCUUAAUUUCAUGAGUUCAGUGGAUGGACAACCUGUAACUAUGGAUUUUUUUUAAUGGCUACUGAUUGUUGUUUAGAUUCUACUUAUGAAAUAGAUUUUGGGGAAUAAAAUAUUAUUUGAUAAAUAGUAAUAUGAUAUAAUAAUUGUAAAAUGCUCAAAAUUUAUAAUUAUGUGCCUGGUAUAUAAGUGCAAAGCAUUAGCAUAAGCAUUUGACAUAACCCCUUCGUGGAAUUUAGGUAGAAAAUGAUAGAAAAUAGUAAGGAUUCAUCAGAGCAAGGACAUUUCAUGUUACCUCCCUGUUUAUAUCCCUUUUGAAUUCUAUCAUCAUUUGUUAGUCCUCAUGCUGCUUUUCCCUCUAUCCAUCCUUCCCAGACCUGUUUUACUUUCCCCAAAUAAUCCUUGCUCCAAAGAUACGGCUUUCAACCCCCACCACACUUAAUAUUUUUCUAAGUUGCCAGUUAACUCAGAUAAAUGUUGAGGAAGAAAGAUGUCUGAACUAAUUCAUUCUGAAGUAUAUGGAAGAAAAAUACUCAACCACCACUCCACCAGUACUAGAUGAUCAUUUAUUUUUAAAGAUUGUUCUGAUAGAAUUUCAGACAAUAACAAAAGCGAAAAGAAAAUUUCCAGAAGCAUUUAAAGAAUUGCCAGAUUUUAAAGGAUAUAUAUAUAUAUAUAUAUAUAUAGGGUCAGAGUACCAGAUACUUUGCACACAGUCUGCUUUUGUAUUUGAGUUUUCCUAAAAUGUACCUACAUUUUUAUAUAACCUUUGAAUACAUAAAUAAUAGUGUAUACUGUAUAUGCUACUUUGGGAUUCAUGGUAUAUUGGUACUUGGAAUCAUUUGACAAAUUUUUUCAAAGUUUUUAGUAAAUAGUUAAAAUACACAUGCACAUUUCAUUUUUUAGUAUGCAAAUACUGCUAUAUUUGUUUAAAAUGAAGCACAGUACAUAAAGCAAAACAAUUUGUCAUCAUAUUUUAAAUUAAAGCUAUUAUUGUUUUGAUGAACAUUUAAAAGAGUUUGGUAUGUGGGGAUUGCAUUUGUAUCAGUAAAAUUAGGAGAAACUACAUUUGAGUUUCUAGCAAGACUCCCUUUCAGUUAUGGGAUUCAGCUGCUAUCUACUCCUUUUGUCUUCAAAUUAUUUGGACAGCAAUUAGGCAACAAACUUGCUUCUUAACUCAAAGCUAGGAUAAGUAGUUAUAAUAUGUACCUGGGAUUGAAAUUUUCUCACUGGUUUUGGUUUUUAACAGUUUCACAAGUACUUUAGGGGGGUAAUCAAAAAGAAAAGGUCAUAGAAUUGCUUAUUCUAAAACAGGUUGUCAAGCUUUCUACCUUCAUUAACUCUAGAGUUCAAAUGAGCUGUGAACCCCAAAUUAAAGUAUAAUUGAGAAGUUUUUUAACAAAAUUAAAAUGUCAUUCAAAAUUUGUAAUGUUAAAAAUCAUUAUGCCUCCUGCAAGAAGUCCUUUCUAUUUGAGUUUAUCAUUGUUUCUUAACUACUAGUCAGCUAUUAAUUUUUAAAUUGCUUCUUCAUAUUCCAAACUUUAGUAUUGCUAAAUCUUUCUGAUAAUCAUUAAUUUAAAGCGUUUUAAAAUUCCAAAUGGUGAAAUUUUUAUAUUUUUUUGUUAAGGUAGGAGUCAAUCUUUUAGGUUUGCCUAGCAAUCUGGAGGAAAGAGGAAAAUGUUUAUUUCUAAAUCAAUAGAGAAGUUUUGGAUGUGGAGCCAGAGGAACUGGAUUUGACUAAUUUGUUAUUUUCUAUAAGAACCCCUUAGGUCAUAUAGAAAUUCUAGUCUGCUCCAGUUUCUUUUUUGGAAAAUGAGGGAAUUGGACUUAGAGGAUCUUUUAACAUACCUACCAGAUAUAAAUUUGUGAUCUUAUGAAGUAGAAUUUUUUUUUAAGAAAACAAAAUGAUUGUUGCCAUAAUGGGAUUGUUGUUGGGUGUUUUUUUUCCCCAUUUUAAAUGUGGUAUUUCUAAAAGUUUAAAGGGAAACAGUGUGACUUAGUUUGCACUGCCCUUGGUGUGUCUGAUAGGGACCUUUCAAAAAUCACUUAACCUUUCAGUGCCCCACCAAGGGGAACAGGUACUGAUCUGCAGUCUGUAUUGGUAGUAUUUAACAGGGAACUUCCUCCUGACACUUUUGUCAAAGAGGAAAAAUGGUAAAAGAUGAAUAAAAAAUAAAAUGAUUAGCCAGAAAAUUCAGAACUUGACAGCAGAAUAAAAAAGCCUAUGUAUUCAUAUACUGGGUAUUUACUCUUUAACAAUGACAGUUUUAAGAGGAAAAUGAGGAUUAUAUUAUACAACAUGCAUACACAUACACAAAAAAUAGUUUUGUCCUCUUCAAAAAUAUUUUUUGGAGGCUUUGUAUUGGAAUAUUUUCUAAAAUGUUUUUUGCUUAAAAUAUUUUGGAGUUGGCUUCAAGUACUCUGGUAUGUUACACUCUUACAGGUGGCAAAUCCUUGUUUUUUGAAUGUGGGUUUAAUUUUGGGGACUAGCAAAAUGGUCUGGCAUUAGGGAAUAAGGUGGGUGAUUAAACUGAACUAACACUAUUGCUUUAUUUUUGGUUGUCAACAUCCAUCAUAUAUUGGAAAGUGUUAGAGUAAGUUAAGAUUUUGACUCUUACUAGCAAUGUGACCAUGGGAAUCUAAGCUUCCGUUUCCUUAUUUGUAAAAUAAUGAUGAUGAUAAUUGAUGAAAAUAAUGAUAUUUGCAAUUGCUAGUUACAGAUUCUGUAUGAAAUCUUUAGAUUUUAUAUUUAUAUUUUAGAACUACAUAAAAUGUAUUGUCUUACAACUAAUAUUUAUAUUAUUAUAGCUAAAUUUAUAUAAUAAUCUGUCAGGCACUAUGCCAAGUGCUUUACGGUUAUUAUCUCAAUUGGUCCUGAACAAACCUGGGAGGUAGAUGCUGUUAUUAUCUUCAUUUUAUGGAUCAGGAAAUUGAAGCAAAGGGAGAUUAAAUGAUUUUCCCAGGGUCAUCUUGAGGCUAGACUUGAAAACUAACUUCAGGCCCAGUGUUCUGUAUAGCUGCUAUUCCUUAAUAUAAAGUAAGAAGACUGAAUUUUCUUAUAUGACUUUUAAAAACUGGCUCUGUUAGUAAUUCCAAAAGAGAAUUGGAUAUUUUAAACUCGUCAAACUUCACCUACUUCAUAUAUAAAAUUAUAAUAGUAGACAUGUAAUGUUUUAUCAUUUUCAAAAUGCUUUAUACAUUUUGUCUUGUUUGACUCUCACAACAGCCUUGUAAGGUAUUUACAGUUGUUAUUCUCAUUUUAUACUACAGGUAUACUCCUAUUUUUUUUUUUUUAAAUGAGAAUGUUGAAUUUUAGAGAGGUUAUCACUUACAGGUCACAUACUGAUCACAUGUCAUAAGUAGGAUUUUUAUUCAGGUCUUCCUGACUUAAAUCCACUGUGCUUGCUGCUCCCUGUGGUGGCCUCAGUUAGAUGAUAAGAAGUAUUCUGUUAUGAACAAGGGAGGGAAGAAAAAUACAAAAAGUUCCUGUUGUAAGUGCUGGAUUAGAUAACUGAAUGUUAAAGAUAAAAGUUGAAUUCAAGACAAAUCCUGUCUUAAAAUGUAGUGUGCUUUGGGAUUUUUUGAUUGUGUUUUUUGUGUGUCUGUUUUGAGUCAGUUGGGAUUAAGUGACUUGCCCAGGGUCACACAUAACAAGCUCAUUUUUUCAGAAGUCACACUGCCUCUAGGAAAUACAUAUCUGUGCUUUUGUCAUUUUUAAAAACUAGCUUAGUACAUACAUUAGUAAGGUUACAAUAAAGGUAUUUGUCCUUGCAGAUCUUGUUGAACCCUUAGUAAAGAAAAAAUGGUUUUUGUUGACCAACAAAUUUUUAGAAAGAAGAUAUUUUUUCCAUGAAGAAAAUAAGAAAUGCUUCUUUACUAGAUUUUACUUUUUAAAAUUAAAAAUUGCCAUAUGCUCUUAGAUUUUAAGGUAAUGGGUUUAUAUAUGUUGAUUAUCUAAAAACAUGCCAUACAGUAGAUCUUGAGUGUAGUAAUAAUCAAUUUAUAUGUAGAUACAUAAAUACUUAGGAGGUUUGUCAUUUAAUAGUCAUUUUUUGCAAAUACUGAUUUGCAACCAAAAUAAUGCAGAAUAGGUGGCAACAAGAAAUAUCUCUUGGUUUUUGAUUCAUGGAGAAGAAUUUAUCAUAAUUUAAAACCAUUCAUUGGGGUGAUAUUUUUUUAAAGUGCCUUUGAUAAACUGAAAUUUUUAUGAAUUUCAUAAUCUGUAAAUUUCUUGGAGAAUUUACCUAUUGUACAAUUUCAUUGUGUCAGUGGAUCUAUGGUAGUAUUUUGGUUACUUACUCCAUAGGGAUAGCUGGCAAUCCUACCAUGUCUUCUAUUCAUAAUUCUAAUCUGUUAUUUCCCACAAAUCCUACAGUACAGUUCUAUAUAUAUAAUGAUGUUGGUCUUCCUUUCAAUCUUUUUCAUAUUUAUAGAUAAUAGUUGUCUUUUAUUCCUCAUUUUCACUAUAUGAUUAACCAUUCCCCUUUUUUGAUCAAAGUAGUUUCUAGAUGGAAGCAUUAAUGCAUUAGGGUUUUUUCUUUUUAAAAACAUUUUUUGAAAUGACAUUUAAAAAAAUUUAUCAAUGCUCAAUGAAAGAAUUUUCAAGUAAUUGGAGGGGGAGGGUUUGAAGCCUCUGUACUUUAAUAAUUUUAUUUCCAUUCAUAAAUAUUUUUAAAGAGCUUCGAGUAUAAAGCAGUGGUGGGUGGGGGUUGUAAAGCAGUGAGCAUGGGAAAUAUAUCAUGUUCUCAGAUAAUUUGAAAUGGGAAGUGGUAUAUUUUUCCUAUAUUUAAUAAAACAUUUUUAACAAAUAUUUUUAAAUUCAGCAUGGAACUUAAUGCAAUAUGCAGCUAGUGUUCUUUUGAUUCAUAGAUUAGAAACACUUAGAAUAACAUUUUUAAAUUCCUAAAUGAUUCCUCAAUUUGGAAUUCAGUGAGAGAAAAUAAAUUUUUCUAUUCAUGCAGGAAAAAAGUUGUUCUUCAUAGCUGGAUUGGUAAGUGAGUUGUUAAAGCAAAAUCUACCAACUUUAUUUAAAAUUUCAUUUAACCUUUUUCUUCAAUGACGAGGUAAUUCUUGAGUAAUGUGAUUGGUUUUGUGAAAAAAUAUUAGUAGCAGUAUUAAAGAGGGAUGGUUAAAAAUGUAUGCUUAAAGAUUGUUUACAAAUAUUAAUAUUCCCAGUUUUGUUAUAAUAUCUUGAGUUUUAAUAUAAAUUAAAAUUAUUUUGAGGCAUUUAAAAUUAUAUAAUCCAUUUUAUUAUAUUUCUGAAGUGUUUAUAUAAAAAGUAAAUACUUGAUUAAAUUAUAUUUACAUGUAUAUUAUUCAUGUUUUUGUGAGUUUUAUGAUAUCCCUGAGAUUAUUAGUUGAAGUUUUUAUUUCGUGAAAUAUCAAUUAUGUUACUGAACAUUGGUUUGGAGAAUUGACUUUUAAUGACCAUAUCAGAGACCUUUUUUUUGUUGUUUGAUGACCUGGUAUUAAAUAUGUAAAUUGAUUGUAUUGUAGAAAUGGAGCUUUGAAGGAAAUUAUUUUCUAAUAUUAUUUUAAUACUUUGUAAAGAAAAAAAUUGGAUUUAUAAGACAUUUAUAUUGUUAGUUUACACAAUGUUAACUUGUUUACAUAGGAUGUUUCUUCAUGGAUUAAUUGCAUAGUAGCAAGCAAAACUACUAAGUAUGAAUGAGAGUGGCAGCUUGGUGUAAGGUGGAUAUUGUUGGAGUUGGAAUCAGGAAGACCUGGGUUCAAAUUCUGCCUCUGACAAUCACCUCUAUGACCAUGAAAAAGUCAUUUAACUUGAGUCUUGAGCAACUCUAAGACUUAGCUAUAGGACACAAUGUUUGCAAGAGGAAUAAAGAGAAAAUGUUUUGAUGGUGAAGAAGAUAUUGAAGGAACCCUGGCUGGUUUUAAGUCUGUUCCCUCAUAUAAUCUUCAGCGGCAAUCACUUUUAGACAUGUCUCUGGUAAAGCUUCAAUUGUGCCACAUGCUUGUUGAACCUAAUCUGUGUCGCUCGGUUCUUAUAGCAAAUACUGUAAGGCAGAUACAAGAAGAAAUGACCCAGGAUGGAACUUGGCAGGUGAUAAAUGCUCAGAACACAGGACAGGCGUCUCUUGAUCGUCUAGUAUCAUCAGAUAUCCUUUGUCGUUCAACAAAAGAACAGAAUGAAGGAAAACUUGUUCCAAGUUAUAGUGGUUUCUCAAAAGACUUUGAAAAUACCCCAUCUCAAGAUAUUAUUUCUGACCUGUCUACAGUUACAUCAGUACAAGCUCCAAGAAACCCUCAAAGUAAUAAUGUAUGGGAAAUGGAGAACUCUCAAGAAAAUAGGGGAAACUUUCAAAAGUCACUAGAUCAAAUAUUUGAAACAUUGGAGAACAAAAAUCCUAAUUCUGUAGAAGACUUAUUUUCAGAUGUUGAUAAUUCUUAUUAUGAUCUUGAUACAGUAUUAACUGGAAUGAUGAACAACACAAAAAUGGGACAUUGUGAUGUGCUUGAGAGCUUUUCAUCUCAGACAACUACAAAUUCUAACUCAAAUUGUAAAUCUGAUAUAAAUGAGCUUGACCAUAUUGUGGAAAUCCUUGUUGAAUCUUGAAAUGGUUAACAAAGCUUGAUUCUUUGAAGAAGUCAACAACAUUUGAAAGAAACAAGCCUUCAAAUAGUUUACUAUCAAAUGUAUAUGUAAUCUACAUAAAAGAUAAAAAGCACCUCAUUUUGUGAAAUAGUGUUAUCUUUAAGGCUAACAUGCUCCUUGCCUUUGACAAUUUUGAUUUAUCCACUGAAAUUUAAAUACGUACUAUAACAAAUAGUUAUAGUAUGUAUGUAAGUAGGGUUUCAAGUUUUUCAAGGUUAGACUCUUAAAAGUACUUUUUCUUAAACAAUGCAGAUGGGGGGAGACUGGUACAAUGGGUUCUUGACUUUUAACCUUUUUUUUUUUUCCGGGGCCUAUACUUAAACUCCUAAUUGCCCUGAUUCUUUUGCCUUCAUUCUUUUUCAGCUAGUCACCAGCCUUCAACUUUAUUAAUCUAGAUAGAUUUUUUUUUUAUGUUUUCUAUGUUUUUCCUCUUAAAAGUAUAUUUUUGAAAUGUUUUAUACUUUUUAUCAGUGUUUAGAUUUUCCAGCUAUUUUCCUAAAAGUAUAUUUUUACUAUAAAUGUUGUUUCUGCUGCUAUUCCAAUAACAUUCUCAUAGCAUAAACAUUUGGUAUCUUUGUUAAAAUUUUAAAGGGAUUUUUGUUUUUCAGAAUUAUUAUGGUUCAAUAACUGUAAAUAUAAAACAUGCUUUCAAAUGUAAGAACUGGUUUCAUAAUCAUGUAGUGCUUUAUUAAAAUUGAGAAACUUGUAUUGCUUUUUAUACUUGAGCAUUGUUAGAAAGGGGGAAAAUGCUGAUCAUAGAUUAAAGCCAUGUUUCAUGUUAAUUCUGAAUAUAAAUUAUGUAGGAUUUUAUUUAUGUAUAUUUAUAUGUGAAUGUCAUCAUAGUGAAUUGUUUAUCAUUGAAGUUUAGAGUCAAAUUUGUUUAUGUGAGAAAACUCUUGCACUAAUAAGUAAAGUGUUAUUUGGGGCCUUUGAAAUCUCUAGCGUGCUUUUUAUCUUAAAUUAGUAGGUUUUACUCCCGUGUACAUUUUUCUGUGUAGUUCUUCCUCUGAAAGACAUUUCAUAGGUCUUGCAUAUUUUAAAUAAGUACAUUCGUUGUAGAGUGUAUUUAAUAUGUCAAGGGACCAUUUAGGGGAAAAAGGGUAGUUUGAAUAUUAUUGUUAGAAUGAAAAAAGUCCAAUUUUACUGUUUUAAUCUAUGCCUGGAAUUUUUUAAAAAACCAACUGUAGUUUGCUUGAAAUAAAGAGAUUUGUA